CUUCCUACUAAUAAUCGCCCAACAAAAAGACCAAAAGCCGUCACCGUCACCGUCUCCUUCCUUUCUUCAUCGAAUUCCACGGCGUCGUUUCUUCAUCGUCGAGCCUGUCCGUCAUAUCGAAACGGUCCGGUUAGCCAAGGCUGUUAUUACCACCUGCACACUUUCCUCUCCAAUCCCUUUCUCUUCUUCUUCUUAUCUCUCUCUCUCUCUCUGUGUUCUACUGCUCGUUUGAAUUGAAAUGAGGAUUGAUUGAAGAGAUCUCUGUUCUUCUUUCUCUUGGCUCGAUUUCUAAUUUUUAGACCGUACUCGGAAAGGUAAUGCCUACAAACUUUCUCCUUGUUGUAUAUCUAGUAUAGAUUGUAGAUUUAUCCUCCUGAACCAUUUUAGGUUCUUGGUUUCUUGAAUUAGCCUGGUUUAUGGGAUUUCCCUCAUCGUUUUCUCUCGAUUUCUCCUGGUUUUUGGAUUUGGAAUUGGAUGGUAAUCUCUGUUUAUCAACAAGGUCUACGAUUUUAUUGAUCAGAACUUAAUUCAUCUAGAUGGUCUGAUGGGGUUAGGGUCGGGAAACGAACUUACAUUUCGAUGUGAUUUGGUUUGACUCUGGUGAGAGUAUAGAAGUUUGUAUUUGCAAAGGCAGAUAAAAUUCCCAUUUAGCUAAUAAGGUCUGUAAAUGGGAGAAGAUUUGCUUACGAGCUUGUCAAUGGAGAAUCACCAUCCAUCAACACUAUUAUCCAUGGAUUCAAUUGCAGUUUCUCACGAGGAAUGGGAUAGAGAGAUGACACGGUCAGUCGUUCUUUCUCGGCCACCUGAUAUUAAUCUCCCUUUAUCUGCGGAGCCUAGUCCCCCACCUCAAUCAUGGAAUUCUGAUUCGUUUGAUAUGCUUGAUGUCUGUUUGGGAACUCAAAUCAACGAAUCAGAUGCACUGAUUAAUGUGUCGAAAACAGGAAGAAAAUGCGCCAAGAGAUUAGAUAGUGUAUGGGGUGCUUGGUUCUUCUUUAGUUAUUACUUUAAGCCUGUGUUAAAUGAUAAAUCAAAGUGCAUGGUGAUGAAGGAUAGCAAUGGAUUUUCUGGGUUUGAUAGGACUGAUUUGGAGCUGGAAGUUUUCAUGGUUCAACAUGAUAUGGAGAACAUGUAUAUGUGGGUUUUCAAGGAAAGGCCGGAGAAUGCUUUGGGUAAGAUGCAAUUGAGGAGUUACAUGAAUGGACACUCGCGCCACGGUGAGCGACCUUUCCCAUUUAGUGCUGAUCGAGGUUUUGUUCGAUCUCAUCGGAUGCAGAGGAAGCAUUACCGAGGACUCUCAAAUCCUCAGUGUGUUCAUGGGAUUGAGAUUGUGUCAUCACCCAAUCUCAAGAAUCUUGAUAAGGAAGAGCAAAAGAGAUGGGUGGAACUUACUGGUAGGGAUCUGAAUUUUACAGUACCGCCUGAAGCAAGUGAAUUUUGUUCAUGGAGAAAUCUUCCCAGCACAGUAUUUGAGCUUGAGAGACCCCUUCCUCCAUUAAAGACACAGCCAAACCCUCCUCCAAAAAAACUCCUAAAUGGUUCCAGCUUGCAUCUGUCAACUCGGCCAUCAAACCUUGUAAAUGGUAAUGGAAUCGAUCUCUCACCUGUGUGCAACAAGAGGAAGAAGGAGUUUUUCCUGAAUGGGAAUGAUGAAGAUUGCUAUUUGCUUAUCAAUCAACACAAUGACAGAGUUCAGGAGACAGAAAUCCACCCAAUUGAACCGCCAUGGAUACAUGAAUUCAGCGGGGUAAUGAAGGAUGUAUAUGGUCCUGUUACGGCUGCAAAAACUAUUUAUGAAGACGAACAGGGUUACCUAAUAAUCAUUAGCUUGCCUUUUGCAGAUCUAGAAAAGGUCAAGGUUACAUGGUGGAAUACUCUCACACAUGGAGUUGUAAAGAUAUCUUCUGCAAGUACUGCUUGUAUGCCUUUUAUAAAGAGAAAUGAUAGGACAUUUAAGCUUACAGAUCCAUUGCCUGAACACUGUCCUCCAGGAGAGUUCAUAAGGGAAAUCCCACUACCAACCCGGAUUCCUGACGAUGCCAAGUUAGAGGCAUAUGGUGAUGCAACCGGAACAGGUCUAGAGAUAUUGGUACCGAAACACCAGGUGGGGAGAGAAGAACAUGAGGUUCGUGUUUGCCUCCGGCCACUCCUUGGUGGCAAUGAGCUCUUGUUAUCUUGAGUUAGGACACAUCCAAGAAAAUGUUAAGGAGUUUUUAGCAUUUUUUUUUUAAAUUUAUAACAAGAUUUAUAUUUUACUGAUUUUUUUUUUGUUUUUUUUUGUUUUUUUUUAUAUUUGCUCAAUCUGGAUUUUGGUGACUUGUACAUUGUCAAAUAGCACUAGUAUACUUGCUUCGAGAUAGCUACCAAGCAUCCGGGUACUUUUUGGGUUAGUAUGAAGAAUAACCUCUUCAUAGCACGUUCUGAUUAUAUCUGUUUAGAGGA